CAACUACGGUAUACAUACACCAAUACUUGCACGCUGUGUAUAUGUGUCGUAUACAUACAUUUUUAUAUACGUAGGGAUUGUGUAAUUGGUCAAAUGUUCCGUUGUUUCUCGGACUAGAUUCUUAAUCGUCAUAGUCUCCUUUUUCUAUUAGAAUCCGAAAUCUUCUUGUAUUAUCCCCUAUCUGCUUCAUUUUUCUCUCUGCUAAUCCCACGGUUCCCUUCUUGUUUCUGUUUCUGUUAUCUUUAAUUGCUACAUAUCAUUUUUUUUUUUACCACGAUUUGUGAUUUAGAUUAGAGGGGUAGUUCUUGCGUAUUCCUACCAUCUUGUUGGUGAUUUUGCAAGAAUCUCCGUGAAAUUCUUGGUGCGUGUUUUUAGUUUGCAUUCAAGAAUCGAGGGUUUUCUUGUGGAAUGCUGUUAAGAUUCGGUUCCCGCGAAUAAAACUAGGGGUGUUUCGUUGUUUUGGCGUGUGGGGUAUUGGAUUUUUUGGCUAUAGGUUUUUGUUGAUUUGAUUUGGUUGGUUAGAUUGUGAGUGGAAAAGCGGAGACACAAAGGCGAUGAUGAAUCAAAGAGAAAGCUUGAUCACUGGGAUCAAGUUUGAGAAUAGGCGUAUUGUGGAGGAGUGCCCGGAUAAGAAAGUGGAUGGCUUUGGUAGGUUUUGGGGUUUCAAUUGUGAGAACGGGGAUUCUCAAGGUUACAGAUGGGAACUAAACGAGAGGGUUUCUGAUGAUGUAGCUGAUUUGUUGCCUCCGGAUCCUUUUGAUAUGGAUAUUGGGACCACAGUUACGGGUGUCACCAGAAUAACAGGUUUAAUUGAAGGUAUUGAGAAAGAUAGAGGGUUAAAAACCCUUGGAUUUGAGGCGGAUGAAAUUGAGGUUGGAGUUGGAGAAGUGGACAAUCAAUUAUUUGCAGGAUUCAAUUUUCUAUGGAACACCCCCAUUGCGAAUAAUCAAAAGAUGGGUGGUGCUGAGAAUUCUGCUGCUUCUUGUGCAAUGGAUUUUGGGAAUGGACUAUUCAAUAGCCAUCUUCUUUUUGAUGGUAAAAGGGAGGAGUUCAUGGGUUUCCAUUAUGAAAAGUAUUGUUUCUAUAAUGAUGCAACAAACAUCAAGCAUCAAGGGAUCACAGAAGCUGAUUUUGGGGGAGCUGUUGCUCCACCAGAUGCUCUGUUUCUGGCUCUUGGUAAACUAGGAGUCAAGGACCUGCUUUCUGUUGAAAGGGUUUGCAAAUCUUUGUGUGAUUCCGUGCAGGAUGACCCACUUCUAUGGAGAAGUAUCCACAUAGAUCACUCAUUGAGCGAUAAGAUAACUGAUGAUGCUCUUUUGAAGUUGACAAACAGGGCUCAAGGCAAUCUCAACUCUUUGAGUCUUGUGGAGUGUUCGAAGAUCUCUGAGAAUAGUUUGAAGCUUGUACUUGAAAGGAAUCCAAGGCUAGCAAAGCUUAGCGUUGCUGGAUGUACAAAGCUCAGGCUUGACAGUCUUCUGUCUAUCUUUAAGUCCAUUAAAUGUGCGGGUAAUCUAGGAAUCAAGUGUCUCAGAAUUGGUGGACUGUUUGGCAUAACAAAUGAACAAUUUGAAGAGUUGAAGAUACUUUUAGGUGUUAAUAACGGCCAGCUACCAACUGUAUGUAAACUGCAUUUUUACCGAGGUGACCAGUUGUAUCUCCCGCUUGAUGAUGGGCGUGCUAUAGACAUUGAAAUAUGCCCAAGGUGCCAGGAGCUGAGACUAGUCUAUGAUUGCCCUUCCGAAAGUUGCCAAAAGAUGCAACAUGGGAACCAGUUGUGCAGGGCUUGUAUUUUGUGCGUUCCUCGCUGUAUAAGCUGUGGAUGCUGCUUAAGUAAUUGCGAGUACGAAGAGACAUUCUGUUUGGAGAAUCUUUGUUUCAGUUGUAUCAAGGAAUUCCUUCCAAAACAUGCAUUUUUCCACCAGCAGGCUAGUUACCAUUUUUUCGUAUGUGGCUAGAAAACUUUGAAUUUUUGAGGAUUAUUGCCUUUUUUGGUCGUGGAAAGUAAAGUCGGGAUGCAUAUCUGGUUAUUAAAGUUUUCCAGGGACUUGAAGGGGGAGAACUGGAGUCAUGGUAUUGAUUGUACAGUGAUACAAGUUAUACACAUUUGGAUGUUAUAAUGUUUUAUUUGUAAUGCCAUUAUCCUUUCUCGAGGAUGGUCACAGUUGGCAUUGGCACUUGGUACUCAAACUAAAGCUGGAGCAUGACUGAACAAAUGGUGGGCAUAUCUGUAAAUAUAAGUUUACUUGCCUCUACAAUGCUCUACUCUAAAGGAAGGAAUUAUUACCAUUAUAGCUGGGCUUUGAUUGUUGUGUUAUAUGAACAAAGCUGCAUCAAGAAGCAGGUUUCCACGUGGUGGUUCGAGUAUCUAUGUGUGGUUUGGGCUUAGUAUUUAUUCAUUCCUGUUCUUCAAACUGCUCACAUUUGGCAAGGACGUUAAGACCAGAGGUACUCUAAAUUUCUGGUUAGCAUGUACGUGUUGGCGCAUGGCUUGCGUUGCCUUUCCUUUUUAUAAGUUUGAACCCCAUACCUAAGAGCCCUUCUUCACGCCCAUGUCCUUGGAUUCUGUGAGAGGAGGUAAAUCACGGGAUGUGUCUCAUUAACGCAGGGUCUGAGCGCUUUGGUUUUUUUCCCACGGAAUGCAAGCAUAUUCCCAAGGGUCCUUUUUAUGAUGUAUAUAUAUAUAUGGCAGUUUGAUGCUUUGACUCAAUGCAAGCAUGAUUUUUUGGGCUUUAUGUUGUUAGUAGGGGAUUUUUACUUCAUCCUUUGUGGAUGCACAUUCUACAAUGCUCAAGUGCUAAAAAUAAAAAUAUGAUGUUUUCAGUUGAUGUUAGUUCCCAAUGAGUUGGGGGUUGAGUGUCUACAUGACUUUGUUGUUUGAAUGAAUGCUUUCAUUCCCAACUCCAUAGAUAUAUUAUUAUUAUUAUA